CUAAUCCUAUCCUAUGAUAUUCAUGAAAAGUCAUUUCAUCCUUCACAGCUUGAUAAUUUGAGUUUUUUUUUUCAUUUAUCAAAUUAAUAAUGAUAUUUUGAAAUUUUCAUUAUAUUUUGAAAUAAAUAAAAUUUAGUUACAAUGGAGUAUUUUGAAGAAGAGUUUAACGAGGCAGUGAGUCCCAAUGGACAAUGUUUUGACAACACUUGUCUAUCUUUAUAUAUUCUUGCAUUCUUAGAAUUUCAAGUUCCAAUCCAUGACUUGCCAAUUCUCUCAUUGCUUCAAGAUGCUUUUCUUUCCAUCCCUCACUUCACCUCUAUAAUGCAGGUUGAUGAUGAAAGAGGAGUGAAAAGAUGGAAACCAGUUGAAGUGAAGUUGGAGGAACAUAUCAUUGAACCCAAAUUCAUUGAUGAUGGAAUGUCAAAUGAUUCAUAUGACAAUCAUUUUGCUGACUAUAUAUCAAAGAUAUUAAUGGAGAAUUUUUCACCAACAAAACCUUUAUGGCAAGUUCAUGUAAUCAAAUACCCUACAAGCAAUUCUGCAGGAACUUUGUUGUUCAAAUUUCAUCAUGCAAUUGGAGAUGGUUAUAGUCUCAUGAGUGUUAUUCUUUCUAGCCUACAAAGAGCUGAUAAUACUUCUCUCCCUUUGUCCUUUCCAUCGCUUAAAUCAUCUUCUAAACCGAAAAAUAUUAGCAGAUUCAUGAAGAACAUGUCUCAGUUUCUCUCCAUUCCUUUCAAUUUUAUGUCUGAGUUUGGAUGGAGUCUUCUAAAAAGUACACUCUUUGAAGACGAUGAAACUCCGAUAAGGUCAGGAGUUGAAGCGGUUGAGUUUCGACGAACCAAGUUAUCAAAUAUCGCGUUUUCGAUGGAUCAUAUCAAAGAAAUUAAGUCUAAUCUUGGAGUGACGAUAAAUGACGCGAUUACGGGAAUAAUCUUCUACGGGAUUAGGCUUUACAUGCAAAAUAUUGACUACAGAUCAAGAGCAUUGAAUACAACUGCAUUAGUGAUAGCAAACACAAGGAAAGUUAAAGGUUACCAGAGAGUGCAAGAUAUGUUCAAGACUGCAAAGAGUGAUUGGGGUAACCAGAUCACAUACUAUCAUGUAUCGGUACCGAAAUUACAAGACAUUCCAAUUUCAAGUCCACUUCAGUUUGUUAGAAAAGCACAUACUUCAAUCAAGAGGAAGAAAAGUUCUUAUGCUCCUCCUUUGAUUACCAAGCUUCUCCGAAUGAAGAAUAAGCUUGAAGGACCUGAGGCUUUGGCUAAAUGUAUACAUGGAACAAUGAGAAAAGCAAGCUUGCUGAUCUCAAAUGUGGCUGGACCAAUUGAGCAAAUGGCUUGGGGAAGUCAUCCUAUAGGAGGCUUCUUCUUUACGUUGGCCGGCAUUCCUCAGAGUCUUGUCAUUACAAUCAUGAGUUAUAUGGGAAUGUUAAGAGUGACUAUUGCAACAGAAGAAGGGUUCAUAGAUGAGCAAAAGUUAAUGCAGUAUCUGAACAAUGCGUUUGAGAUAAUACGUCAUGAAUCGAUUGCUAAGGAGAAUAUUUCAAAAUGGAACAAAUUUUGUAUGUGUAAUGUGUAAUAUCCAUUUUGUAAGGACAUGGAAAUGGAUCAAAUGGGAUCAUAUAUGUUUCUGGUAUCAUAGAUUCUUUGUUUCACUUGACAGUUAGGAGUAAUAGAAAGAAAUAGUUCAUGUUAUGUCUUCUCUAUGUACAACUAGCAACAAACCCGUGCGUUCGCACGGGUUCUGGUAUGGGACGCGCAUUUGUUUUAAAAGAAUUUUUUUUAAUAGAAAAUGUCUGGUACCCGUAAAAAAAUAAUAAUUGAAUGUAUAGAAAAAAAAUUUGGUACCCGUAAAAAAAUAAUAAUUGAAUGUAUAGAAAAAUGUCUGGUACCCGUGAAAAAUAAUAAUUAAAUGUUUA